AUGGCUAAGCAGGACAUAAACGCCUCAAAAGGCCCGGGUAAGGGGCGGGAUCAUGAACUGGACGCAGCAGAUGCGGGAGACAUGUGGCGAUCGUCGCGAAUUCUUAAAAGAAGGCCCGAAUAUAG